UUAUACAACAAUUUUCACCCAAAAAGAGUCCACGAGAAAGCUGAAAAUAAAAUAAACGAGUAAAGUUGUGACUCAGUCCAAAGACUUUGUGUACACCCUCUGCAUUUCUGAAGGGAAUAUCUGCACGCCAUUGCAGCAUCGCUUUCUAAGCUCAUUCUCAGAUUUUGCAAAUUGCUUAGGGGAUUGAUUAACUCGUAAAGAGAGGGCCUUUUUUAUUGUAUAGAUUUCGGAUUGCCAGAAAAUCAAAGAUUAUUUGUACGGCAUCUUCAGAAAAUCAUAACCCAUAUGGAUGUCUUUUGGAAUUGAUUGUUAUAUUUCUCUAGGAAGUUGGAGUGGUGACAUUGUGUAAAAGAGCCACCAUGAAUUGUUUCUCAAUACUCAAUAGGAAUGCAGAUUUUGUUAUCAAUUUUGGGGAGGUACAUUAAUAGGUUUUUAUGUUGCCCUUUAAUCUAUAACCUAGAAAUAUUUUUAGCCUUUUGCUAUAUCUGUUGAAGUAGCCAAAAGUAAAGAGAGUUUGGUUUCUCUUAGUUUUAUUUAUCAAUGUCAGAAAAGAGCAGGCUUCCCUCAAGGUUCCAUUUCUAUUUGAUAACCAUUUCCUUGUUCCUUUUAGUCCUAUCUUCGGUUUUCCUUCUUCAAUUCAGAAAUGCUCCUUUGAUACCCAAAUCAGUGUUUGAGCUAAUUCUUGUCAAUACCACCUCACUUUACUCAAACGCCAAUGUUGGAGAAGAGCAUAUUGAGACUUCACAAGUUGUUGCCGAAAGACCCUCGAAUAGUAAAGAGCCACCUUUUCCACUUUCCAAUAAUUUGACAAAGAAAGCAAGUUCUUUCAUAAGGCAGAAACUGAUGGCGUGUGACCCAACUCAGGCGCGCUUGAGAGUGUAUAUGUAUGACUUGCCUCCCGAAUUUCACUUUGGAUUAUUGGGUUGGAAGGGGAAGAGGAAUCAAACAUGGCCAAGUGUGAACGACCCGAGUCAGAUCCCGGCUUAUCCCGGCGGGCUGAAUUUACAGCAUAGUAUUGAGUAUUGGCUCACUCUUGAUCUUCUGUCAUCGAACGUUCCGAAAAUUUCCAGGCCUUGCACUGCAAUCAGGGUGAAGAAUUCGAGCCAGGCGGAUAUUAUUUUUGUGCCAUUUUUCGCGUCUUUGAGUUACAACCGGCAUUCUAAGCUUCGUGGAAAGGAAAAAGUUAGUGUGAACAAGAGGUUGCAGGAACAAUUGGUGCAGUUUUUGACGAGUCGCCAGGAAUGGAAAAGACAUAAUGGAAAAAACCAUGUAAUAGUUGCUCACCAUCCAAAUAGCAUGUUGGACGCAAGAAGAAAGUUGGGUUCUGCUAUGUUUGUUCUCGCAGAUUUUGGAAGAUACCCAGUUGAAAUAGCAAAUCUUGAUAAGGAUAUAAUUGCGCCUUACAGGCACCUAGUCACUACUGUUCGCAGCAAUCAAUCAGCCUCAUUUCUGGAACGUCCUAUAUUGGCUUACUUUAAGGGAGCAAUAUACAGGAAAGACGGAGGAGUAAUACGCCAAGAACUAUUCUAUCUUCUCAAGGAUGAGAAAGAUGUACACUUUAAUUUUGGUAGCAUUCGAGGGAAUGGUAUCAACCAGGCAGGCCAGGGAAUGGCAUCCUCAAAGUUUUGCCUGCAUAUUGCUGGCGACACCCCUUCCUCGAACAGGCUAUUUGAUGCCAUUGCCAGUCACUGUGUUCCUGUGAUAAUCAGUGAUGACAUUGAGCUACCAUUUGAAGAUGUCUUGGACUACACACAGUUUUGCAUAUUCGUUCCCGCACCCGAUGCUAUUCAGAAGGGAUACCUAUUGAAUCUUCUUCGAGGAAUUGAGCAAGACAAGUGGACCAAGAUGUGGGAAAGGUUAAAAGAAAUCACACAUCUCUUCGAAUAUCAGUAUCCAUCCCAGUCUGGUGAUGCUGUAGAUAUGAUUUGGGAGGCAGUUUCCCGUAAGGUUUCUUCCAUACGGUACGAUAGUAACAGGAACAAUAGAUACAACAGAUCUAGGCCAAGAACACUAGUAUAAUCACCCACAUAAAAGAUUUGACUCAAUGAGAUCUCUCGAAGUCAUGGCAUUUGGAUAUCAUCAAGCAUUUUGGCUGACGGUAGGCAUAUAGAGAGAGAUACAAGCCAAGUUGAGAUCUAUUAUGGAUUUGCUUUGAUAUGAUUUUUCAAAGAAUUCAUGACCACUUGUGGUACUAUUUAGUUUACAUUGUUAAGCCUUUUUGUAUCUCUCUUUGUUAAAUUCUUUUUUAUUUAUUUGUUUCUGCUGAUUUAGUUGAUAUGGAAGUUGGAUGAAGGACCAAUUAACUGCCUUUACAUUCCCCUUUAUCACCUUAAAAGCUAAAGCAGUACAGAAUUGGAACUCUGAUCAGAAAUGUGUUUGAAUAAGCAAAACCUUCAAGCUGGUGACAAAUUGUUCUAGAGUUCACUCUUUCUAUGCAAAAUAACAACAAAAGAUGGGA